AUGGACAAGCUGCCCCCCUCCAUGCGCAAGCGGCUCUACAGCCUCCCCCAGCAGAUAGGGGCCAAGGCGUCGAUCAUGGACGAGGAGGAAGACAGCGACAAGGACACUCGGAGGAAGAGCAUCAGGCUCAAGCCGCUGCCUUCGCCCUCGGCGGGCAGCACGCGGGCGCUCGCCGGGGACCCCGGCAGAGGGGGGGACCCCGGCCUGCUGGAGAGCGAGGCGGGCGGCAAGGCCGCCAAGAGCAGCACCAACGGCGACUGCCGCCGCUUCCGAGGGAGCCUGUCCUCGCUCGCCAGCCGGCACCCGCACGACGCGGCCGAGGAGCGGCGCCUCAUCGGCGGCGAGGGCGAGCCGGCCUCCCCCGGCGAGGACAGGAGCCCCCCCGGCAGCGCGGGGCCGGAGCCGGCGCUGCGGGAGCCGCCGGCCUCGCCGCCCGAGCCCCGCCAGCAGCCGCCCCCCCGGGCCUGCUCCUCCAGCUCCAUCAAGGUGGAGGCGGGCGGAGGCGCCGAGCAGAUCAGCCCGGACGAGGAGCAGCGGCUGGGCCAGUCCGGCUUCAUGCAGCGGCAGUUCGGGGCCAUGCUGCAGCCGGGGGUCAACAAAUUCUCUUUGAGGAUGUUUGGCAGCCAGAAGGCCGUGGAGAGGGAGCAGGAAAGGGUUAAGUCGGCCGGGUUCUGGAUCAUCCAUCCCUACAGCGACUUCAGGUUUUACUGGGAUCUCACCAUGCUUCUGCUGAUGGUAGGGAACCUGAUCAUCAUACCUGUGGGCAUCACGUUCUUCAAGGAUGAAAACACCACGCCAUGGAUUGUCUUCAAUGUGGUGUCAGACACGUUCUUCCUCAUUGACCUUGUCCUCAACUUCCGGACAGGCAUUGUGGUGGAGGACAACACAGAGAUCAUCCUUGACCCACAGAGGAUCAAGAUGAAGUACCUGAAGAGCUGGUUUGUGGUGGAUUUUAUCUCCUCCAUCCCUGUGGACUACAUCUUCCUGAUCGUGGAGACCCGCAUUGAUUCCGAGGUGUACAAGACGGCGCGGGCCCUGCGCAUCGUGCGCUUCACCAAGAUCCUCAGCCUCCUGCGGCUCCUGCGGCUCUCCCGCCUCAUCCGCUACAUCCACCAGUGGGAGGAGAUCUUCCACAUGACGUACGACCUGGCGAGCGCCGUGGUGCGCAUCGUGAACCUCAUCGGCAUGAUGCUGCUGCUGUGCCACUGGGACGGCUGCCUCCAGUUCCUGGUGCCCAUGCUGCAGGACUUCCCCGAGGACUGCUGGGUGUCGCUCAACCGCAUGGUGAACGACUCCUGGGGCAAGCAGUAUUCCUACGCRCUCUUCAAGGCCAUGAGCCACAUGCUGUGCAUCGGCUACGGGCAGCAGGCGCCCGUGGGCAUGUCGGACGUGUGGCUCACCAUGCUCAGCAUGAUCGUGGGGGCCACCUGCUACGCCAUGUUCAUCGGCCACGCCACCGCCCUCAUCCAGUCGCUGGACUCGUCGCGGCGCCAGUACCAGGAGAAGUACAAGCAAGUGGAGCAGUACAUGUCCUUCCACAAGCUCCCGGCAGACAUGCGGCAGCGCAUCCACGAUUACUACGAGCACCGCUACCAGGGCAAGAUGUUCGACGAGGAGAGCAUCCUGGGAGAGCUGAGCGAGCCCCUCCGCGAGGAAAUCAUAAACUUCAACUGCCGGAAGCUGGUUGCCUCCAUGCCCCUCUUUGCCAACGCAGAUCCCAACUUUGUGACAUCCAUGCUGACCAAGCUGCGGUUCGAGGUGUUCCAGCCCGGGGAUUACAUCAUUCGGGAGGGCACCAUUGGCAAGAAGAUGUACUUCAUCCAGCAUGGGGUGGUGAGCGUCCUCACCAAAGGCAACAAGGAAACCAAGCUGGCAGAUGGCUCCUAUUUUGGAGAGAUCUGCYUGCUGACGCGCGGGCGGCGCACAGCCAGCGUGCGGGCGGACACCUACUGCCGCCUCUACUCUCUCUCCGUGGACAACUUCAACGAGGUGCUCGAGGAGUACCCCAUGAUGCGCAGAGCCUUUGAGACGGUGGCRCUGGACAGGCUGGACAGGAUUGGUAAGAAAAAUUCCAUCCUGCUGCAUAAGGUCCAGCACGAYCUCAAUUCGGGUGUUUUCAACUACCAGGAGAACGAGAUCAUCCAGCAGAUCGUGCAGCACGACAGGGAGAUGGCCCAUUGCGCCCACAACGUGCAGGCCGCCGCCGCCGCCGCCUCCACCGCCACCCCUGUCAUCUGGACGCCGCUGAUCCAGGCGCCCCUGCAAGCCGCAGCGGCCACCACGUCCGUGGCCAUAGCGCUGACCCACCACCCACGCCUCCCCACUGCCAUCUUCCGCCCGCCGGUGUCCGUGCUGGGCUCCCUGGGGCAGCAAGCCAGCCAGACGCCCAGGCAGCUCAAGAGGCUGCAGUCGCUCAUCCCGUCCGCCGGGCCCUCUGCCGUGGGCUCUCCGUCCAGCACGCCCGUGUCCCAGCUGCACACACCAGGGGCAGAGACRCCCUCAUCCUCCUCCUUCCACAUCCAGCAGCUGGCGGGCUUCUCGGCGCCYGCCGCCUUGGCCCCGCUGCAGCAGCCCGCAGCGGGCUCCCCUCCGGCCGGGCCCGGCCAGCCGGCCCCCAGCGGCGGCCCCUCCGCCGCGGGACUCGGCCACUUCCAGCAGGCGUCUUCGGGAUCGCCCCUCGGCACCGGGCAGCCCGCCCAGCAGCCGCAGCCGCCUCAGCAGCAGCAGCAGCAGCAGCAGCCCCUUCCCAGCAGUGGGUUUGGGCACUUCCAGCACGCGGCAGGGAGCUCCCCGUCGACGUCUUUCACCCAGCUCCCAUCAAACUCCCCCCCCAGUCUUCUCAACCAGUUCCAGCCCAGCACGAGGCCACUGCAGGGGGGACAGUUGCAGCAGCUCUCAGGCAGUGGGACCCUGGCGGCAGUGAAUCACUUCCAACCCCCUCCUUCUUCCAACUCUCCGUCCUCCAGCCUAAGCCAGCUGGCGCAGGCCCCCGGCGGGCCCUCCUCCGGCCUGUGUCAAACCCAUCCAAGUGCAUUAGGAUCGUUAACUGGAACGAUAGCUCAGCUCCACCAAGAAAGGCCACCUUUUGCCUCCGUGUCUCCGCUACAACAGCCCGGUGUGGCCUCSCCGUGUUACACCCCCUCUGGCCUUAGUCCUCCCAGUCAGAGCCCAGUGGCAACAAGAACUUUUCAGAGCGGCCCYGCCGGGGCCUCGGGCUCGCACGGAUCUCUGCUCCUGUCCCAGACAGCCAGCCCAGCUCCUCCRCUGCUGCAGUCCAAGAACACGCCAGGGCGCCUGAGCCAGGACCUCAAGCUCAUCUCUGCUUCCCAGCCAUCCUUGCCCCAGGAGCUGGCUCAGGCGCUCAGCCAAAGCUCUCCUCACUCCUCCAGGGAAUCCGUUUCCAGCUUCGUCCCGUUCCCCGGCGCCGGGGCCGGACUUGUUGGGAAGCCCUGCAGCUCAGUUCCUGGGCGUGUGACUUUGCCGCGUCAGAUGUCCUCAGGUUCCUUACCCCAUCCGCUGGUGUUGGGCGCCGCUGCCCUCUCCGCCGGCGGGCGCAAAGCGUCCGUCACGCUCAGYGGGGACCUGGAGCCCGUCCGCUCCAAACUGCCCUCCAAUUUGUGA